GAAACCAGUUUGGAGGCUGUUUUGAGUUGUUUUCUUUUUUAAAAAAAACAGCAGCACACGGAAAAAGACACACUUGCCCUCCUCUCACCUAAUCAAUACAGGCAUCGGAUCCUCCUCUGCUCUGCCGCUCUGGAGAGAGUGAGGCGUCGACUCUAGCUCGACGCAGCAGGCGCCCCCUAGUCGCCACCCCUGCCGCUGCCAAGGAGACCUCCCCCGCCCUGCAAAUCAUCUCACGAAGGAGGAUUCGAGGGCUGAUGCAACGGGAUUCGAGGGCUCAUGGUUAGGAUGGACGCUCCUGAUUCCCUACGAAGGUGGUUUCUAUUGGCCCUAAACAUGAUUGCGCAAGCACUAGCAAGGUGACAGGAAAGGAAGCUUCUGCAGCUUGGAUUGCCAAUAGAGUGAAGCCUAUGUUGAUUAAAGAGCCAGGGCUUGGUGCAAGAGAAAUGCAGUAUAGGUUGGAGGAUCAGUUCACAGUCACUUUGUCAUAUAACAAGGUCUGGGAAGGGAGAAAGUUGGCACUAAAGGAACUUCAUGGUACAUGGGAGGAUAGCUUCAAGUUGCUAUGGAAUUGGAAAGCAGCCGUUGAGGCAACUUGUCCUGGAAGUCUCAUUGAGAUUGAUUGCAAGAAGGUAAAGGGACAGAUGCACUUCUCAAAGAUGUUUGUGGCUUUACGGCCUUGUGUCAAUGGAUUUCUUAUGGGAUGUCGGCCUUAUCUUGGAGUAGACUCAACUCAUUUGACUGGAAAGUACCUUGGACAGCUUGCUUCAGCGACAGCCAUAGAUGGACAUAACUGGAUGUAUCCAGUAGCAUAUGCCAUAUUUGACAAAGAAACAAAUUUGAAUUGGAAAUGGUUUAUGACACUCCUGAAGAGGGCUAUUGGAACACCCCCAGGUUUGACCAUACACACUGAUGCAUGCAAGGGUCUUGCAUAUGGGGUGUCACAAGUGUUUGGUGAUGCAGCUGAACAUAGGGAGUGUUUUAGACACCUCAUGGCUAAUUUCAGGAGGAAGUACAAUGGUGAGGUGCUGAAAUACAUGUGGCCUUGCGCAUGGGCAUGCACACAUGAGAGACAUCAAGUACUUAUGGAUAAAAUUUCAGAAACUUGUCCAAAUGCUGUCGCAUAUCUUAGAUAUGACCACCCACACUUAUGGACAAGAGCCAAAUUCAAUAAAAUCUGCAAGGUGGAUUACGUUAAUAACAACAUUUCAGAAUGUUUCAACAAUUGGAUUAAAAAUGUGAAGGAGUUGCCUGCAGUUGAUCUCAUGGACAUGCUCAGGGUGAUGAUAAUGGAGAAGAUUGCUACAAGACAGUCCAUAGCCAAUAAAAUGCAAGGCCACAUCCUACCUAGUGUAGUUAAUGAUCUGCAUGAGAAGAGUAGGAAUCUUCGAUAUACCAUCACUAAAAGUGGGUACAUGAAGGGUGAGGUUUCUGGUGCUAGUAGAGAUGGUGUUGCUUGGAGAUAUGGAGUAAACCUUGUUACUCAGGCUUGUUCAUGUGGACAGUGGGAUGUAACUGGAAAACCAUGCACUCAUGCCAUAGCAUUCAUAACUUCUCAACGAAAUUUGAGAAUCGAGGACUAUGUUGGAGAAUGUUAUUCGGUUCAAAGGUUUAAAGAUGCAUACCAAUUUGAGGUGUAUCCAAUGGGAGACAGGUUACAGUGGCCGAAAUUGGACCCAGGAUUCGAAAUGAGGCCACCAAAACUUGAGGGCAGGCCUGCUGGCAGACCAAGAAAGAAAAGAAUCAAGAGUGCUGGAGAGCCAGGUAAGAGAGGGCCAUAUCAAUGCAAGAGGUGCUUCCAGUAUGGCCACAUUGAAAAAGGAUGCAAAAAUCCAGUGGUGGAGCCACAUGAAGACCUUCCAGACAACCAUUUGCAGAGAAAGACAAAAAAAGGCACCAAAAAAAGGAAGAAAAGUGAGCCAGAACAGACUUCAACUUCACUUGUUCAAAUAUCGCCAUCUAGUUCUGGACCAAUGACAAGGAGAAGGGUGGCGAUGUCCCCAACCUGCAGCUCACCUUCAGCCAGCAAGCAAGGAGAAGCACCGGCUUCAAGCAAAAGGAGAUUAAUUAUCUAGCUGACUGUGAUGGAUUGUAUGUCAUUUGCAUGUGUUUGCUACUUAUGCGAUGGACGUGUAAGCCAUAUAUUGUAUUUUAUUGUUAGAAUCAGGCACCCCUGAAUUAUAUUGUUGCAAAGUAUCGAUUGGGAGAGAGGAGGGCAAGAGUGUCUUUUCCCAUGGGCUGCUGGGUUAAAAAAAAGAAAAUAAUUCAAAACA